AUGGAGCCGGUUCUUCCUGAUAGAGAGACACUUAUUAGUCUAGUUGAACAGAAUUUGAUUUUAAAGAAUAAGAACACUAUUGAUGAUCCUUCGCUUGAAAUGAAUAAGAUCUUGGAAGAAGAAUCUAAAUUGAGUGAAGAGCUACGUGAUUUGACCAAAUUGAAAACAAUAUCUAGUCUGCUCAAGGAAGUCAAUGUGAAUUUUGAAUUGCUUGAAUUCGAAAAUUGUUACUACUCACUAAAAUCAUUAAGAUCCAAAUUGACUGAAAAUAACAGCGUGUUUAUCAAACAAACGUAUCGUUUCCAAAGAUCGACUGCGUUGUACAUUGACUCACUUCAUUCAAAAUUGAUAGAUUCGAUACAUGAAGUUAUCACCACUAAAUUUUGGAAUAUCACUUCCAAUACAAUUAAGUUCAAUCCCAAGAUAAAGAUUGGAGACGAUGACGUUCAAUUUGAUUAUACCGAGUUUAUGUCUUUCGCUAAGUCUUCAUUUUUCACAAAAGAUACCAGUAGUUCAGAAUUUUGGUUUUUGGCAACUAUGGAAUUGGGUGACUAUAAAGAAAAUGUUAGAUCAAAACUAAAUGAUAUUAAUAGGAAUUUCAUAGAAUUUAAUAAUAUUAUCGGUAGUAUCAAAAAUCUAAUUUAUGAUGACAGCGUUAAUGUAACAUAUUCUACUCAAGAUAACAUCUUGUCGUUCCAAAAAGGAGAAUCCAACGAUUAUUUAGAAAAAAUAAUCGAGAAGUCACAAGCAAUAGUAAACUUUUUGACUGAAACCUUUUUGCCGAAUAACUUAUAUGUCAUAGUAUCAGAAGUUGGCAGCCUUUUAUCAACAGAACUUUUCAAAACUGCCAAGUCGAACGCCUCUCAACUUUUAAGAGACAGAAAGAACCCUUUGAUAGACCUGGUCAGGUCUAUCAACUCUUCUUUAAUAAAGCUUUCCAACGAAAUCAAAUCUAAUUGGAAAUACAAUGGGUCAGAUAUUGAUCAUUUAUUAAAUGAUGAAAAGGUUUAUAUUAAUCUUUUGAUUGACAAAACAUUUGACGCUGAAAUAAAAAUGUUACGAGAAUCCUUCAAGAAUAAAGAAAAUUUUACUGUCAAUGCCAAGGUUCCUUUUGCUACCGCAGCAAAAUACGAGAAUAACCAGACCAUCUUACCCAGAGGAAAGAAGAAUGAAGAACCUUCAAAAUCCACAGGUGAAGAUCAUGCUGAAGAUGAUUGGGGUUGGGAUCCCGAACUUGAUGUGAGUUCUGAAAAAGGAGUAGAAAUUGAUGAAGAUGAUGCUUGGGAUGAUCACAUCGAUCUCAAUAUAGACGAAGACGAUACUGUCAAUCAGGAAACAAAUAAUCACGAUCACACUUCUAAGGCAGACGUUGCAAGUAUUGGACCAGAUGUAGAUGAUGGUUGGGAUGAUGAGUGGGAUAUUGGGGAAAACUUAUCUAGUCCAAAGAAAACGAAAGCUGAAUUAAGUAUAAAUGCCGAAACACUUUCCGUGGAAAUAACUAAACUUCCCACUCUCUUCAAGAAAAGUCUUCAAAACUUUUUAGGUGAUUGUGAGAAGAUUGGAUUUAAUAAAAGUGAUGCUCAAUAUUUUGAAUACAAAUUGAAUCUCUUACAAACUUCUUUUUUUGCGAUUGCAACCGCCCACUUCAAUAAAGACAAUUGGUAUCAACUCUAUAUCGAUACGAGACAAAUUUGCUCCGAAAAUAGCAACUUACUCAGACUUGAAGAGCUAGCAACAAGAUUUCUUGAGAACAACAUUUUUGUUAGGGAAAAAACAGCUUACAAUUUAAUUUCAAUGCAAUUAAAGGAGUUGAUGACAAACGAGAGAAACCCAUCUUGGGAAUCAGUAAUUGAACAUCUGUUACCAUUUAUUCAACAUGAAAUCAUAGAGCCGCUAACGAGGAUUGGGGGUGAGGAAUCCAUGAAUGAAAUCAUAAAAUUCUUCAAUUUCCUAUACAACGACUGUAUCGUAAGGGUUAUCCAACAAUGGGACAUAAUCUCAGAGAAAAACUCUGAAAACAUAAGUGAACUAGUCUCUUUAGUCGCCAGCAACACAGAUGUACCACACCUUCAUAAUAUACCGAAGUAUAAGGAACUCCGCGAUAAAUUUAUCUUCAUUGGUAAAUUUCUUCCAUUACACUUGAAAGAGAUAAUGGAGUUGUUUUACAAUGGUGAUUUUUAUCUAUUUUCAACGCAAGAAAUCAUCCAGUGGUUACGACUACUCUUUGCUGACACGCCCAUCAGAAAAAAUGCAAUCGAUGAUAUUUAUGAGAUCCGAGAGGUUGCUUUGGAAGAUCAGUGA